AUGUUGUCAGAAGCGAUACUGGGUGUCGUCCUGUCCCUCCUCAUCCUCCUGACUGUUGGUGGUAAUGUGCUGGUGUGCCUGGCUGUCUGCAUCUCUCGACGCCUCCGCUGCCUGACUAACUGCUUCAUUGUGUCGCUGGCUGUGACAGACCUGCUGCUCGGUCUCUCGGUUCUCCCUUUCUCUGCCCUCCUCCAGCUCAACGGAGACUGGCCGCUUGGCCCGGUCUUCUGCAACUUCUACAUCUCCAUGGACGUCAUGCUGUGCACCGCCUCCAUCCUCACCCUCUUGGCCAUCAGUGUGGACCGCUACCUGGCCGUGACCAUGCCCCUGAGAUACACCUCGGUGGUGUUGCCGUGGAGAGUUGCUGUGGCCAUGGCGACCGUCUGGACAGUGUCUGUGGCCGUGUCUUUCCUGCCCAUCCAAAUGGGGUGGAACACCGUUAAUGGGACAGUACAGAACCACGGGCCUUGGGCUUCAGAGAGGAGAUGUCGUUUUGAGCUGAACAGACCUUAUGUACUUACAGACUCUCUUCUCACCUUCUACUUGCCUCUGGUGGCGAUGUGCUGGACCUACCUUCAAAUACUUCGCAUUGCACGGGCGCAGGCCAAGCGCAUUGUCAGUGCCCGACCCACUUGCGUCACCAGUUACAACUGCAGGAACAAUCCCUCCACUGCUACUACUGUGGUUUCCACUGUUACACUGGUGGCACUGCGGGAGCACAAAGCCACAGUGACGCUGGCAGCAGUCAUAGGGGCUUUUGUGGUGUGUUGGCUACCGUAUUUCAUCCUGUUCACAGUGUUGGGCUUAAAGGAGCAUCCAGACCCCAGCACAGUACCAGCAUAUCCCAUUGUGUUGUGGCUGGGCUACGCCAACUCAGCCUUUAACCCUUUUCUCUAUGGAGCCCUCAACAGGGACUUCAGGUCAGCCUACAGCCAUCUACUGAGAUGCCGAUGUCCUAUUUACAGUGGGUGGAAAAGUCGACGGCCAUCUUCCACUGCAACAGCAGCUAGAGAGCAGCUUACAGAGGUGACUCUGCUGUGUGGCCACACCCCUGCCACCUGCAGGGCAGGUUUAACAGAUCAAAACGUCAUGCUUCAAGAAAUGAACAGCAGGACGGACACAGCAACUAUCCAGUUUGCAAAUGGCACUGCUGCCACAGAUGUCAAUGGCAAUGAAAGGUCGUGCUGAGUCUGUGUUGGUGAGGUGGAUGCUGUGCUCACUCUACAACCCAGAACCAGAAUCCAUCACCCUGAGGAGAAAGAGCAAAAGACAGACAAAAGAUGUACAGAGAUGUGCAGCCCCUCUAUUUGGAAGCCACAGUAGAAACACCUACAAUACACCAUAACUCACUCAA